AUGGCGUCACUUGUCGAUAAACAACACAAUUGGAUAAAGAAACACUUUAAACAUCCACCAUUCUGCUUUGUCUGCACAAGAUUGAUAUGGGACAUUGGCAAAUUGGCCAACUACUGCACGACCUGUCAUCUAGCAUCUCACAUCGAGUGCAAUUCACUCAAUCGAACACAGUACUGUACGAUUAUCAAGCACGACUGGUCAAAGGAUCACUUUGACAACUCUCCAUUGUGCUCUGGUUGUAAUAAUAUAAUAUUCUCCUCAGACAAGCUAUCUGGCUUCAACUGCGCCAAAUGCUCAAUCAAGACACAUAAGAACUGUAGGAGCUUGACUCCAAAGUGCGAGUCAUCAAAGAAGUUGUUCUCAAUGGUCAAGUCACCGUUUGAUAGCAGCAACAGCAACAGCAACAGCAGUAGCAGCAGCAACAGCAGCAGUAUGACAUCAGGUAGCAACAAUGCCAACAAUAAUAGCUAUGGCAAUCUCGAUCCAUUCAUCACUCAGACAACAACUUCAAGCAUUGGCGGCAACAGUCUAGGUGGCAGUCUUGGUGGCAGCAUGCCACAGGCCAAGUCUGGACUGAGUGCGUCGAGCACAACACUUCACUCCCCAAAGACUACUGGUGCCUCGGCAACAAUGUCAUCACCUCCAUCAUCUGGACUGACCUCAAGUGGAAAGGACACAACCAACAUCAACAACAACAACAACAGCAACACAAACAGUCCAGCCACAAUCACAUUGAGCGCGAGCAGCAGUCUAAUCAGCAGUAGCAGUGGCGGUGCCGCACUAACAAAUAGCGCAGGUGCAGCCAAUGGCAACAAUUUGGCUUCAACAAACAAGAGUUCUGUUCCAAACAUUCCGAUCAACAUUGGCGCAGCAUUGGUCGUGUCCAACGGCGGUGGCGCAUCAUCUUCCAGCUCGCCGAGCGCCACAUCACCCAAUGCCAUCUCGCAAUCGACGUCAACACUCUCACCCAAGCCUUCGUGGACUCUGCCCUCGAUCCCCUCAGUUCUGGAUAAUCCGGCGGCUCGUCCAGGCACACUCACAAAGUCGCACGAUCCCAUGGCCAGCAUGGCCAGCGGCGGCAGCUUCUCAUCGACCAUCAAGUACUCGCUGACCAAUCAGAUCUCAUCAGUGGACAUCUUUAACGAGUUUGAGACUAUCAAUCGAAGCGUAUUCACACAGAACCAGAAGCUGCUGUUUGUGGAGAAGGUCAAGUCCUUCUUCCUGGGUCUGACGUCACGCAUGGACUCCAAGUAUGACCUGUCGGCAUCGGCCCGGCCGCGUAGCUUUGACGAUCUCAGCCAUGCGCUGCCCUCGUUACGCUUCAAGUCGAUCUCACACAUCUUCCACUACGAGAUGCUGGCGCAUGGACGCUUUAGAACACAAGAGCAGAUCGAGCAGUAUCGCCACACAAUGGAGCUGUUCUUGCAGCUGUACGCAUGCUACUUCUGGGGCGACGACAGCGAGAUCAUCCUGCGCAUCGCUCUCGAAUUCUACAAUCAUCUUUGCACGCAUCGCACCGACCCCGAGAACGUCCUGCUGGGCAUGACACCGAGCAAGGAUAUCCAACGACGAAUCAAGAAGUACUUCUACAUCUCUGAGACCAAGCAGCAACAACAGCAGCAUCACCAUCAUCAUUACAGCAUUAACAGCAGCAGCAACAACAACAUCAACACAAGCAGCAGCCGCUUCGCCAGUCGCUGGGACCUGCGGAUAUCACGACAAUCACUGAUUGAGAACAUCACAAGUUGGGGCAGGUCCAUCGACGACAAGGACCUGCUGCGUCAGAUCAAGGAGUUUGCUCAGCAUCUCGAGAAGGAGAAGUUGUCACCGAGCGACGUUGUGGUCAUCAAGAUUCCAAAGAACUGGAGUGCCCCCGAGAGCGGCCACGUGGUCAUUGAUCCCAAUCACCAAGAGUUUGAUGGUGGCUCUUUCAUAUUCGCGCGCUACGUCAAGGAAGCCGACCCGUUGGGUCUGAGCUGCUACGUGCACAUUCAGCCUGACGAGCGCACGACCAUCCGCAUUCCACACAGUCGAGUGGUCUCGCUGGCCAUGAUCGACUUUGUCAUCCCUCAGCUGCAGAGUGGUGAUCGCAAGCUUGAGAAGUUCAUCACCAACCCACUGGACGCCUUCACCACGGAGCUGCAGACGGCCGUCAAGGACACCACGCGCCAAUACCUCAUGUCGCAGGGCUACAACGUAAACUUGUUGUCACACGGAAACAUGUCUUUGGACCAGCUCACACAGCUCAAGACACAGAUCACAGCGCUGAGCGGCACCGAGACGUUCUUCCUUUCGAUCGAUCAGAUGUCUUCGCAGUUCAUCUCAUUCUUCUCGCAGUACCUGAAGAAGGUCUACAUGCACGAGUCAAAGGGCGACUUCCAGAUAUACAUUGCCAGCAAUGCAGUGUCCACAACAGCUGGCACACAGUCGGGUAGCGGCGCAGACGACCUUGCAAAGCAUCUCGUGGUCGAGUACAAUCACACCGUGGCCAGCAUCAGCAGCAGCAAUCUUCACCAGAUGCUAAGCGCUAUGGACUUGGUUACAGAGGACGAAUACCUGACGGCGGCGAACAAGGCCGCAGCCAACUUCACCAAACACUUUGCACAACUCCGACAGCAGUACAACAAGUUCAAACCUUACUUGCCCUCAUUGCGCCAACUCAUCUCGGACAUUGACAAUGGACGCGUUCUGUGUCUGCGCGCCAAGGACACGCUGCCCGUGCUGGUGGACGAGAUCGACCUGGCAAUUUCACGAAUCAACGUCGACUAUAACGCCAUCUACAAUGGAACAAAGAAGAGCGAGUUGAUGAAGUGGUGGCUGGGAUUGAUCGGAACAUCGGUGGACACCUAUCUGCAAAGCAAGGGAUUCUACAAGGACGUCGUGCCAACCAACUAUAUUGACACGCCGCCCACCAGCAUAUCCAAGGUCAAGGAGAAUCUGCGCAUUGUCAACCUAGUGCUCCGACCCUCUGUCCAGGAGGACAUGGACGAUCGACUAAAGCACCUAAUGGCGCCACUCAAGAAGAACAUCUAUCAGAGUCUCGACGAGUUCCUGUGUCUGGCUCAGAACCUUUUGUUUGAUCUUUUAAAGAACUCCAAACACUUUGGAGAGGAGUCUAGGGAGUUUGAACGACCUCAGGACCUGGAUUUGCAUGUUGUUCUCGAGGCGAUACAGAAGUUGCCGAAUGGCACUGGUGACGAUCAGACCUUCAAGAUGGCCAGUUUAAUCAAGGACAUACUGUAUAUCCGCGAGAUGAAGCAUCUGGAGGAGAAGUACUAUAGCAACGAGAUACUCACAGUGUCGCAGCAGCCACUGGCCGAGAAGCAACCACUGUCCGACUGUGUUCCCAUCACUGGACUGAUCUUUAGUAGACUGCUACGAACCAAGCAUGAGCUGAGGACUGUUUUGGAAGUGUUUGAUCAGAGAGUAUCAGCCCGUUCACCAUUCCCCAAUGUUGGUCAUCACGGUGUCAUCAUUGGCAAGAAGCAGGACAACGACAACUAG